AUGGUUAUUGCCGGGGAUCGGGGGAUGCCGUCCGAAAUAUGCAAGGUAUCUUUUGUGAAAAUAAUCAAUCACGGCGCCGAUAAGGACCGUCGAUGGCUGGAUAGGCGCGGAUUGGUUUCACGAGACACGACGUUCGGCGAGAGGAAAUGGUUAUUGCCGGGGAUCGGGGGAUGCCGUCCGAAAUAUGUGAGACUAAUGUACUUCGUAUUCGACUUCACGUGCAGUUUGGACAAUCUAUUAAGCACGGGAAUCACGAUAGCGGUGUACUUGCGGAACUUCCUUCGGCGACUAAAGUUUCAUGGAAGUAUUUCCUUUGAGAUCGCAACAGUAUGGGAACAGCCAGACCGACAGUACUAUCAUAAAUGGGCCGUAUUGACGGACCCAAAAAACCCGUCGGCGGGCCCGAAGGGCUAUGUAAAGUGCAAUAUCACUGUGAACGCGAAGGGUGAGAAAGUGAAGGUGCAUCCAGAAACAGAAGGUGAAGAAGACAUCGAAGGGAAUUUAUUGCUGCCUAUUGGAAGCGAGAGACUGUCUUUCGGACAACGCGCGCGUUACAUUUUCGUCGUUUAUCGCGCUGACGGAUUGCCAGACAUGAGCAGCUUGUGCAGGAAAAGCGAUUUCGAGAACAUUAAUCCCUAUGUGCAAAUAUCGUUCGCCGGAAUGAAAGGAUCGACAAGCGAAGAGUGGCAAACCUACUCCCCAAGAUUCCACGAGGGCAUCAUUUUCAAGGAAAUGUUUCCUGUUCUCUGCCACCGUGUACGAAUCACUAUAAAGCACCGUAUCGACAGUUGUCGGACGUGCGUCGUAGCAUUUCAUAUCCUGGACAUGGCAAAGAUUUCGAAUUCCGGAGAGUACGGAUUCCUGCCGACAUAUGGACCUUCUUUUAUUCACUUUUACGGAUCCGGUUCAGUGGAAAAGAACGGUUGUUCGGGCAGAUGCUUGACGGCAAUGCCUUUGUAUCGCGGGAGGGUACUUCUGUCGUUGAAAACUGAAAUGGAUGACCCAGAAGCGUCCCCGGGAAUCCGGGUUGAGACACUUUCGGCAUUUCCCAUUAUCGAGAAAAGCCUAUGGUCAACCGAGGAAUACCUUCUGGUUGGCGUGCUUUAUGAUGUAUGCAUGAUAGAUCGUUCCCGAUUCGGAUCGAAAUUGAUCAGCUUCGAAUUGAGUUUAGGAAACGCGGGCAAUCGACAGUUUCCGCAUAGCCAAUGCGCUGAGAGCAAUAACGACAGCCAAUCAGCUUCGUGAUAUUUUUUCAUUUUGAAACGGAGCUCUUUAAAAGUUUGUCAAAUUGAACUAUUCGUCAAAUGAGAUGUGUUACUGUCGAAGUCACGCGAGAGUCUCCGGAGGCCAUAUUUAGCGCUGAACGCGCGACGAAAAUAUACUCGUCGUCUCUGUCUAUUCUCGACUUUGGCAGAAAACGAGCUGCUAAAAAAGCGCCCGAACUUCGAGAGCCAAUCAGUUCCGCGAGCCACUGGCACCUUGGACGGCAGAUAUAAUUAUGUACCCUUGGGUUCUAGAAAGCCUUGCUUGUACGUAAAAUCUUGGUGGCCAAAUUUGGAGUGGCGAAUGUACAAUAGCAAUAAUCUUCGAUACAUCGUCGAAUUUUUGGAGGUAAGACUAGAGAAAUUAGAGGCUCUCGUGGUUACGCAGAAUCCGACAGCUUUCGAGAUUUACAACGAGACGAUUCGCGCGUUGAAAGCUCACUGUAAACGAUACCUAUAUGUAUUGAAUACCGGCAAAUAUGAAAAGAAAGGUGGAACUACGAAACUCGAUCGCCAUCGCGCGAGCUUGUGUCUCAAAAGCGUCGAGGAUAUUCUCGAGAGGAUUAAGAUCAACGGCGAGCUACCCAACAACAAUUACAUGAGAAUCGCCAUGAUUCACGCGUACCAAUAUUUGAAAAAAUUGCGGAAACUAUCCGAAGAUCACAGUCUGCCAGACGUCUUUAUAUGGAUGAUCGCUGGUUCGAAGCGAGUCGCUUACUCGCGAUUGUCCGCAGAGGAGAUCGUCCAUUCCGAGGAAGCUGCCGAAGCAGGAGUAAAGUGCGGCCGACGAGUCAGCCUCUUUCCCGGAAAUCCGGACGAUGAGAAUGAAACCGUCGAGUAUAGUGCCUGUAAAAUCGAGGCCUUCCUGUGGCUCGGUAACGCAAAGUACGUCGCCGCGUGUUGGAGCGCGAUUCCGCCAGGAUACGAGAUCGAUCACGGCGCGAACGUCAAUACCUUCCCGAAGUAUAUCGAAUACAGUCGAUCCUCGACGUUCCAGUUGCGAGCUCAUAUAUUUCAAGGUCGUUUCGAUCCUGGGAUGGACGCUUCCGGCUUGAUGGACUCCUUUGUACGCGUCACCUUUCAGGGAUACACGGCUUCCACGCGAGUGAUAAGGCAAAGUUUAGAUCCCUUCUGGGAUCAGACGUUAAUUUUUCCCCCAAUUAUUCUGCAUGGUACUAAAGAAUACAUUAAAUCGGCACCGCCCGAAGUUGUCCUGCAGGUUUUCGAUCAGGAUUUAUGCGGUACGAAAGAGUUCUGCGGCAAAUGUAUCGCGGUGCCAUUAGUGAAACUCGCAGUGGAAACUUACUCGCCGCCCGAUUUCCCACCGAAAUUACAAUGGUACAAAUUUCAAUCGCGAAAAGAUUGUACCGGUUCGGCCCUCGCCGCUUUCGAGUUGAUAGAAACAGGGAACAAGGAGAUGUUAGACGUUUCGUUGAACACGCCGGUGGAGGAUAAGAUUUACAGCAUCCCGCCGGAUAUCAGGCCGAAAAUGGCAAGCUACAGGCUCGAGGUGAUCUUUUGGGGUGUUCGCGACAUGAGGAAGAUAAAUUACAUACCGGUGCGCAGACCGAGAGUCGUAGUGGAAUGCGCUGGCAUCCACGUCAAGUCAGAAGUGAUGAAGAACGCAAAAAGAUUCAGCAACUUUGAGGAACCGCACAUUAUAAUCGAACUGGAAAUGCCGGAACUCGAUAUUUAUCAUCCGAGUAUCACUAUAAAGGCUUACGAUUCCCGCGGAUUCGGCUGCUUCAAAUAUGCAGGGAUCUGUAUUAUAUCCAACAUUCACGUAUUUCUGGAGCAAUUAAUAACCGUGGAGGAUUAUGAUACGCAGAUAUACGAGCCGACAUUUAUGCAAAAAUUCCGGCUAGCGGAACGACAGACGGCAAUUAUAUUACCCUUACCAAUCGAUUAUAGUCCUUCGAAAGAGGAGAGUAAGGGUCUUAUUGCAUAUAAGAGAAUGGCUGGAACGGACGUCCACUCCAAGCUGAAGAGGCUGUUUGUAAUUAUAAAGGGGAUAUUAAAAUUCAAAUUCUUUACUAAGAGAAAAAAAGUGGAAAUUUACGGAGAUAACGGUGACGAGACUCUCGAUUGGUGGAGUAAAUAUUUUGCUUCCCUUCAGAUCUAUUCCACGGAACUAGAGAUGCAGCCGCAAUUCGAGGGGUUUCAGGACCGGCUAAGCACUUUCGAGUUGUGGCGCGGAAGAAAAGGCGAGAAUCAUUAUCGUACUGAAGAUAAUUACGUUGGCAAAUUUAAGGGACAUAUUUCCAUAUACCGAUGGCCGCAUCCUGACAAACUUUCAUGCAAAACGAUAAACGGGAAAGACGCGGUUAAUGGCCUGUGCAACGAUUAUCCGCCUCAAGAGCCUGUUAAGCUGCUCGUUAGACUCUACGUCGUAAAGGGCAUCAACUUACAGCCUAAGGAUCCCCUCAGCGGCAAAUCCGACCCGUAUCUCUGCGUGAAGCUAGGAAAAAAUUCCAUCAACGACAGGAAGAAUUAUAUACCCAAUCAAUUGAACCCUACGUUUGGCCGCGUGUUCGAGAUCGAGGCGAGCUUCCCACAAGAUUAUAUGUUGGUCAUCCAAGUGUGGGACUUUGACGCCGCGACGGCCGAUGAUCUGAUUGGCGAAACGCGAAUCGACAUCGAGAAUCGAUUCUACAGCCGGCACCGGGCCCACUGCGGAAUUGCGAGCGUUUAUAGCACCGUCGGCUACAAUGCCUGGAGGGAUAGCGAGAGACCGACACAGAUUCUGGAGCUUCUUUGCAGAAGGAACAACCUACCGUCACCGGAAUAUGGUGAACGCGAGGUUAAAAUUGGCAAGACAAUAUUUCCCUUUCAUCCCGUGAUCGAACGCGAAGACGAAAUUGACAGAGAAGAAUGUAUGGCUCUGAACGUGCUUCACUCUUGGCAAGAUUUUCCUAUCUGCGGAUGCGCCCUGGUGGUAGAACACGUCGAAAGACGGCCGCUUUUCAACGCUAAAAGGCCCGGUUUCGAGCAAGGUAAACUCGAAAUGUGGAUCGAUAUGUUUCGUACCGGACAAUUGCCGCCGAAACCGGCGGUCAGCAUCGCCCUUCCGACACCGGAGGAAUAUGAAAUUCGCGUGAUAGUUUGGAAUACCGAGGACGUGCCGUUGGUCGAGAGCCAAUUUCUCACCGGGGAGAAGUGUUCCGACAUUUACGUCAAGGGAUGGAUUCUGUACGAGGAUUAUCAGAAAACCGACAUUCAUUACAACUCUCUAACCGGUGAGGGUAACUUUAAUUGGAGAUUCGUGUUUCGUGUCACGUAUUCGAAGGGCGAGAAUGUCAUGAUAGUUCGCAAAAGAAUGUCGGUCUUCGCUAAAAACGAGAUCGAGGAUAAACUGCCCUGUAAGCUUCAUUUGCAAGUAUGGGACAGCGAUCAUUUUUCUUCGGACGAUUUUCUAGGUGAUUGAAGUUACAGAAUAGGCUCCUAA